AUUUCAGGAGGGUUUUGAAGAUGGGGAGAGCAGUGGCCUGUUAAACGUGAGGGGCUAGGAAGUUUUGGGAGGGAGGGCAUGAGCAAGAGCUUGACAGUGAGAGAGAUGCAAGCAAGGCACAGUUGUAUCUAUCGCAAUGCUUAGAACAGUGGUUGGCACAUAGUAAGUGCUUAACAAAUACCAUCAUCAUCAUGAUCAUCGCAGUGAGUAGGUUGACUGGAGAGGAAUGAAGCAGAUGUGAUAGGGAGUAGGACAGUGUGCGGGACCAGCUGGGCCAAGCCACUCCCACUGUACGGACAUCAUUUCUGGCCAGUCGCCUCCCCUUCUGGGCUGAGCUGGGCGCUCCUGGGGGCAGGGACUGUGGCUCUCGCUGCUGUGGCGCUCUCCCAACCACUUCACCUCCAUUCAUACCAUUGAGUGGCCGGCUGCCAGGCUGACUGGCUGACUGGACGUCUGACUGAUCGAUCACUCUCUUGCUGCCUCUCAGCUCUCUGACCCCCGACUUCAGGCCAUACAGAAACCACACAGACCCCUGACUCAAGGCCAUACGGCGCCGGUGGGCCUCACAGACUCCGAUUCCAGGCCACAUAGUGGCUUGCAGGCCACCCAGAGCCCCAAAACUAGGCCAUGUAGUGGCUAGUGGGCCUCGCAGAACACCAACUCCAGGUUGUACAGUGACUGGCGGGCUACGCAGACCCUCGAUUCCAGGCUGUAAGGCGGCCAGUGAGCCACGCAGACUGCUAACUCCAGGCGGUACAGUAGCCGGCGGGACCCCCAACUCCAGGCCAUACGGCGAUCAGCAGCCUCACAGACAGCAGCUCCAGGCCAUACGGCGGCGGUGGGCCACACCGACCCCCACUCCAUGAGGCCCCUCGCCCUCAUACUCCUGUUCCUCGGGCACCAGGCCGCCACAGUACAUCAACUCAAGUGGAAGUUCAUCCUCCCACAGGAGGUGUGGGCUUGGCGCGGCACCUGCGUGUGGAUCCCGUGUAGCUACACGGCUCCCCGAGGCCACACCACCAACUCCCUGACCUGGCUCCACAAGCCACGGUUCAAUGAUACACUGAAGGAGUUCGAAGGCUUGGUGCUGUACAAGUGGGGGUGGGGCCAGGGGACACCCCCAGGCACACGCCUUCGGGGCCACGGAUGGGGCUCUCAAGACCAAGGAAACUGCUCUCUGAUCCUGGAGGAUGUGCAGGAGGCUGAUGGUGGCCAGUACGGGCUGAGGCUGGUGGGCGUGCCCAACUUCAAAUGGUUUGAAAAAGUACAAGUUAACAUCACUGCGACAGCCCCGAAGCCCCAGGUCACAGUUCCUGAACUCCAAGAAAACCAGGAGGCGUCUAUCACAUGCUCACUGCCCUAUACCUGCCCCUCGUAUCCUGUCCACUUGGAGUGGGACACUAACGACCUGGAAAGGACCAAUCUGGUCUCGAGGACACCUCCGCCCACUGAUCCCAGCACCUGGAAAACCAGCCUCUCACUCAGACUGCACCCGACCUGGAAAGAUCACAGGCGUUGUCUACACUGCAGGAUGUACGACCACAACCACCAGAGACUAACUGAGACCCAGGUGUUUCUGAAUGUACAACACAGCCCCAGGAACCUCAGCGUGAUGGCCACGCCAGGCCUCACAUUGUCCGCGGGCAGCAAUGUGACGUUGAAGUGCUUGGUGGGCAGCAGCCACCCUCCACCCUGGCACUUCUCCUGGCUGCGGGACGAAGGGAAGGUUCUGGGGUCCACGGGAGAUACCCUGACCCUGGUCCACGUGGGCAAGGAUGACAACGGUGCUUACAGCUGUCGCGCCCAGAACAACCUUGGGGAGAAUGAGUCGGAGAAGGUCCAACUGCAGAUUCCACACCUCCCCGACCCAGCUCAGGUACAAGUUCCGCAGACGGUGGUGGCCGAAGGCUCCACCGUGACGCUGACCUGCGAGACCGUGGCCAACCCAGCCGUAUUCCAGUAUCAGUGGUAUCACGACGGACAGACGGUGCUUCAAGAGAUGAAUCGAACCCUGACGCUCAAGGAUCUCCGACCGCACCACUCCGGCCUAUACACCUGCAGCGGCCAAAACAGUCUGGGCUGGGGGGGUUCGCAGAAGGGGGCCCAGCUGGACGUUCAGUACCCCCCCGUCGGGGUGGAGGUGCGGCCCCAGAAGGCAAACCCAAUCCGCGAGGGAGACGCGGUGACGCUGGCCUGUUCCUACAACCGCAGCAAUCCGCCCGUGUCCAGCUACGCGUGGGACGUCGGCUCGCUGCCGCACACCAGCUCGUCCGAGGGCGUCCUGUACAUCUUCCGGGUCCCCUGGAACCCGGAGCCGGUAACCUGCACCGUCAGCAACCCCCGCGGCUCCACCUCCUCCCAGCCGCUCCACCUGGAUGUGCAGUACGCUCCCCAAAACGUCAGAGUGGUGCUCGACCCCCCGCAGCCCCAUGUGCGGGCCGGGGACCGCGUCCGUCUGCGAUGCGAGUUUUCGUCCAGCCGGCCCUCGGAGGUGUCCUACGGUUGGAGCCGCGGCGAGCGGGCCCUGGCUGCCGGGGAAAACCUGGACUUCGCCGCCAUAGAGCCCGAGGAGGCCGGCCGCUACACCUGCUCGGUGACCAACACCGCCGGCUCCAGCCGCUCCCAGGAGUUGCAUCUGGUGGUGCAUUAUCCCCCACGACGGCUCCGCGUGUCCAUCUCCCCGGACGACACGGUCAUCGAGCGGACGGCGGUGGCUCUGACGUGUGAGGCGGACGCCAACCCCGGCGUGUUCCGCUACAGCUGGUUCGAUGAGCGGGGCCAGGAGCUGCCCUACUCAGGUCGGAAGCUGACGUUGGCGGCCGCCAGGGCCGGCCACUCCGGGGCCUACUGGUGCCAGGGAACCAACGGGCUGGGCACGGGGCAGUCGCCCCCCAGCACCCUCACCGUGUAUUAUAGUCCCCAGACCAUCGCCAAGAGAGCGGCAAUGGGAAUCUGUGCCAGCCUGGCUGUCUUCGUGCUGAGCGUGCUGGGUGUUCGGCUAGUGCAGCGAUGGGUGAAGCGGUCCUCCUGGGGAGAGGUGCAGGCUCAGGGACCCCCCCGAGGCCACGCGUCUUUCUUCGUAGGGAAUAAGAGCCGGGGCCCGCGCCGCCCAGAAGCCCCACGUUCGUUGGGUUGUUCCAACCCCGGACUGGAGGACACCAUCAGCUAUGCGACCCUGCGCUUCCCCACCGGGAGCUCCGCGGGGCAGCCACUUGGGACCGUGGAGGACGCGGCCGCCGCCAUCCGCCUGCAGCUCCCAGGCGAUUGCGUCACCUACUCUGUUCUACAGAUUCCCCCUGGAGCCCGGCGCCCAGUGGACGAUUACGAGAACGUAACUGGGCCCUCCGCACCGCCGCCGCCCGACGAGGGUUUACACUACUCAGAGCUGCUGCAGUUUCGGGGCGGCCCGCGGCCCCCAGCCCAAGAUCAUGUGGAGUAUGCUGCCCUGCGCCACUAACCGCUCGUGGAGACAACGUCCAGUUUAGCCCCGCUCCGCCCCAGCACAGGUUAUCACAAACCCCUGACUCUCCCCCGUCCAUUCCUGACUCCCCCCAGUGACCCAGCACUGGUCAUCCAAAACCUGUGACUCUCCUCCAUCCUCCGCUGACUCCCCGCAGUGACCCAGGUCAUUCCACAGCCUGGCCUCUCCUCGCUCCAAACUGACUCCACAGUGACCCAGCACAGGUCAUCCCACAGCGGGCCUCUCUCUGCUCCAUCUCUAAUUUUUCCUCAGUGACCCAGCGCAAGCCGGCCAACACCACCGGGCUCUCCCUAAAGGAUCCACCAAGGGCUAUCCAACAGCCCUGAUCCCCCCAGUGACCCGGCACAGGUUGUUUCACACUCCGGACUCUCCUCGCUCCAUCCUUGACUCCCUGCAGUGACCCAGCACAAGUGAUCCCCCACCCCGGACCCUUCCCCCAGUGACUCGACUCAUAUUGUCGUCCCUGAACGUGUCCGAUCCCUUCUGGUUCCCUGCUGCUGGCCCCGGCUGCCCAGCUCCCUGUGGGGGCAGGUCAAGAGGGCUCGCUUCUUUUCCACACUGGGUCAUCACCCCAGCCCCGUGCUGCUGCUGCUGCCGCCGCCCCCCACCUCACCCCAACCUGGAGAGCAGUAAACCACCCUGGGCCUUGUGUAUCAGUGCAGGACAGCGGGGUCUGGGGGACAACCCCCACACCCAUCGCCCAUCCCCCGCUCCCAGUGCUCGGGGAGCUGGGUCCUCCGGGAGAGCCGAAGCCCGUGAGAUCGAGGUUUGGGGAGGACUUCGAGGGGAUGAGCGUAGACGGCGAGGAGUGGGGCGAGAGCCGCUUGUCUGGACAGAAACUGGGGUCUUUUCCAGGGGCCUCUGUCCCACGGGCGCCAACCGAAAGGCGGGUGUUAGGGGCCACUGGAUCUGCAAAUUCCCCGCCCUCACCCCGGCCCCCGAUUCCCGCACCGCGGCUGUCAGCGGGAGCUGCCUGCCCCAGGGUCUUCACGGUGGGGUGGGUGUCUGGACGCCUCCUCCGGCCCACCGUCCCCCAACCCCGACCCCGCAGGAAGAGGCCGGCCGGCCCGCUAUCCAGCGGUGGAAGCCGAGCUGUGUGCGCUCAAAGCGCGACCACGCCUAAUCCUUCCCCACGCGCCACCCGGGUCUGCAAGUCCCGGCUCUUUUCCCUGCUCCUUCCCUCCUCGAGCAGCCUCAGCCGCCGAGGUGAAGCAAGGGUCCGGAAUCGAUCCGGCCCGGCAGCCCCUGCAAGCGAGGAUUGCGGCCUUCGCGGCCAGCGAGAGGCCAGGCCCCGCCCGCCCCGCUUCCUCUCCAGGCCCCGCCAGGCCAUUCCGACCGAGGUCCGGCCCCCCCUUUCCUGCGAGCCCUGGGGGCUGGCCACAGGCCUCCCGAAAACCCGAGUUUGAUCCGCCCUCCGCUUCCCCGCUCUCCCGCCAUCUGAGGUCCGGGUUCCCCGCGCAGAAACUUCACUGCCGAACGCCGGUAGGCGACACUCCUCUGAGGCCGGCCGGGCCCUAGACAGACUUUCGGAUCACAGCUUUGCCAAGGUGCCAAGGACUCCCUGGGCCGCAGUGCCCGGGUCCCCCUCAGGGGUCCCGGUCAGUCAAAAGCAGCAGCCUGGGGGAGUGGAUAGAGCACAGGCCUGGGAGUCGGAAGGUCACGGGUUCUAAUCCCGACUCUGCCACUGUGUGA